AUGGACCUCCGGCAAGCAUGUGAUCGAUGCCACGACAAGAAGCUCAGAUGUCCAAGACCGCCAGGCUCUCUGUGCUGCAGUCGCUGCACCAAGGCCAACGUCACCUGCGUCUUCAGUCCGCCAACAAGGCCAUUCCGGUAUCCCUUGAACCACAGUCACAAUGGCUUUGACUGGCCCGAUCUCAUCGUCUUGGACCAGCAGCAGGGGCACCAGACGCCAAGCCAGGCGUUCGAGACUCCAUCGCAAUCCAUUUCGGAGCGCCUCGCAGCACUUCUGUCCGCCCUGGAUCGCAUGAUGCAAGCGAUACCGUCAUCCCUUGACAUGCACCACGUUCCAAGGCAGCAUCUGAGAGAAUACGCCGACAACGUGGGAGGCAACUUUGAUUUGCAAUCGACUCUAGAUGGCAUCCUUCACCUCGCCCAGGACCUCGCCUCUCUCUAUCCCGAGGCCGCGUCCGCCGCAAUCAACAAACGCAUCACAGCCCCUGAAUCUGAUGCCAUCUGCACUGUUCCAGAUUGCAUACACCAGGAUCGCACGUCUUUGCAUACAACGCCUUUGCCUAAGAUAGAUCACGCGCCGUUGAAUCUCGUCAUGGCAUGCCACAUUCGUCUUCUCGAUAUUAUGGAUACCCUUUCAGAGCAUGGCCGAAUGUGCGCCUUUAUGGUGGCAACGCUUCCGCCAGACUACGACCCCAAGUUUGCGGUUCCAGAAAUUCGCGUUGGGUCUUUCAUCGCCCCUACCAACACCGCUGCGUCAAUGUUACUCUCUGUGCUCUUAGAACUUCAAAGAGUGCUGGUGACGAGGAUCAAAGAUGUGGCCGCCAUCAUCAACCAGGUAAAAGAUGACCCAAGAGCAGCCAGAGAAGCGAGGGCGAUUAGUCUUCAAUGCGAGAUUCUUCAAGAACGCGCGGAAUCUACGCUAGGAGAGUUGUCUAGAUUCAGGGACGGGCUGGUGAGCGCAAGGCUGGUGAGCUGA